AUGGCGGACAGCCCUCAAACUACCCCUGACCGAAACUCCCUUUUGAGCGACUCGCUUUUGAAGAAGAUCGACGAGCUCCGGGAGAAAAACAUUGGGAAACACGUUCCACUGCCCCAGCUUGUUGUCGUGGGCGACCAGAGUUCCGGCAAAUCAUCCUUGCUGGAAAGCCUGACGGGAAUACGCUUCCCGAGCGACAUUGGACUUUGCACUCGCUAUGCAACGCAGUUCACUCAGCGUCGCGAUGAUGUGCCUCGUGUCGAGGUCACUAUCAUCCCGGGCCCAAGGGCGUCCAAACAUCAAAAGAAGCGUCUGAGAAACUUUCGCAGCAAGCCUAUACGCCCAGAGAAUUUCCGUGCCGAGUUUCCCGCUAUCCUGCGAGAGGUUAACGCUGCAAUGGGAAUCCGGGCCAACCUCUCCUCCAAGGAUGGCAUUGACUCGGGCUACUCAUCCGAUAAACCUAGCGAUUCCCAAGAAGGGACAGUAUUCAGCGAGGACGUGCUGAAAAUUGAGAUCUGCGGCCCAACAGAGGAUUACUUGACCGUAAUUGAUGUGCCAGGAAUUUUCCGAACCCCGGAGGAAGGGUGCACAACGAAAGAAGAUAUCGCCUUAGUCAGGAACAUGGUGGAGGGCUACAUCAAAGACAGCCGCACCGUGAUCCUGGCCGUGCUCGACAGUAACAUUGAUAUCUCGAAUCAGGAAAUUUUGACCCUUGCGAAGGAGUAUGACGAAAAGGGCGAGCGGACUUUGGGAAUCUUGACGAAGCCGGACAGAGUUAAGGAGGCGAAACUCCAGACCGAAGUGUGCAACAUCGUCCUUGGGAAGAAGAAGCCGCUGACGCUGGGGUACUAUGUCGUUAGGAACCGCGGCCCAGAUCAGGACGAUGCACAUUUCAAUCGCCGAGAGAAGCUCUUUGAGAAAGAGCCAUGGAAUACCCUGCCGAAAGAAAGAGUAGGAGUUAGUGCUCUGAAAAAGCGUCUCGCUGAGCUCUUGGGGCAUAUUGCUCGGCGAGAGUUUCCCCGAAUGCGGAAAGACAUCGAUAGGUUGCUCGAUGACGCAAAAUUGGAGCUAAAUAGGCUUGGUGCUGCUCGGGAGAACGAGCACCAGCAGCGAAUGUUUCUGAGCGACAUGGCAAGAAAGUUUCAGAACCUCGUGAGAGCGGGCCUCGAAGCCGAGUACGCUAGUCAUGCUGCCUUCGACAAGUCGACCGAUCUUUGCCUGAUUACUCAUGUGGUCAAUCUCGCCGAGGCCUUCAGUUUGGAAUUCAUGAACAAGGGGCAUCUCCGCCGUUUCGAUGACGAGGACGAGGACGAGGACGAGAACGUGGAUGAGAGGGAUAGUGAAGCUUCUGAUAUCUCUAAGGUCAUGGAACGAGUUCCACGCCUCGACUCAGAAGCGUUCCCGGAGCUUGAAAAUAUCGUCCUCCCUCAGGACGACGUCGAGGACCCGGAAGAUGGUAUCAUGGAUUGGAUCAGAGAUCUGCAUUUGCGAUCUCGUGGAAUGAACCUUGCCACUUUUAGCAACGGGGAAUGGGCGAGCGCCUUCAAGGAGCAAUCGAACAAGUGGCCCAGCAUGAGCAAGUCGUUCGUAAGCAGGGUCAUUGUUGCGAUACACAGAUUUCUCGAUUGCGCACUUCGUCAUGUCUGUUCGGAUGAGAGCGUCCGUGAUACGCUAUGGUCCGCUCUGCUUAAGCAGGUUCUGCAGCGAUACAAGAUGGGAAUGGACGCUGCUGAGUUUCUCGUGUCGGUUGAGCGAGAGGGCAAACCGUACACGCUUGACAACUGCUUCAACCAAAACCGCCAGGAAGCCCAGGCUGAGAAAAUAGCUGAGCUUUUGAGGAGGAAGUACGCGGGCAGGCUGGGUACUCACCCCACUAUCUCGAUUCGGCAAGUCCGAGAUGCAGUCGAAAACAAGUCGAACCUUGACGACACGGUGGAAAAGCUGCACGACAAUCUCGAGGCGUACUAUACGCUGGCCCAAAAGCGGUUCGUUGACAACAUCCUCAAUCAGGCAGUCAACUACCACCUUCUCUUCGGCCCAUCCACGCCACUUGGAGUAUUCAGCCAAGAAUGGGUUCUGAGGUUGGGCGCCGAGCAACUGGGUGCCAUUGCAGGCGAAUCCCCAAGCGUUAGCGAGCGUCGUGCGAGUCUCACGAGAAAGAUCCAGGAUCUGAACGACGCAAAGAGGAUCCUAUGCUUUUGA